GAAGGUCACAGGUGAUCUUUACGAUGGCGGCCUUCAGGGCGCUGGUGUCGGGAUGUGGGCGACUGCUACGAGGUUUCCUGCAGGGACUGGUUCAAGUCAGCUGGGCUCGGCCGCCAGCCCGGGGACUCCGAGAAAUCGUGGAGAUCCAAGAAGGGAAGACAACUAUUAUUGAAGGCCGAAUCAUAGAGACUUCCAAGGUGGCACCAGAUCCUCCUAACCCCUCUGGCCAGUGCCCAAUCUGUCGUUGGAAUCUGAAACACAAGUAUAACUAUACGGAUGUCCUUCUACUGAGUCAGUUCAUCCGGCCCCAUGGGGGAAUGCUGCCCCGGAAAAUCACAGGCUUAUGCUUGGAAGAGCAUCAGAAAGUGGAAGAGUGUGUGAAGAUGGCCCACCGGUCAGGUCUGCUGCCAAAUCAUAGGCCUAAGCUUCCUGAAGGAUUUGUUCCCAAGAAAAAACCCCAACUCAAUAGGUACCUGACGCGUUGGGCUCCCUGCUCUGUCAAGCCCAUCUUAAAGAAAGGUCCGAAAUGGAACAAAGUUCGAAUGGCUGUGGGCUCCCCCCUGCUUAAGGAUAAUGUCAACUACACAGGCAAACCCCUAGUGAUGUACCACUAAAAGGAGGGAGUGGUUUCUAAGAUCUUGGCCAAAGUCCCCAAGCCUCGCUGAUGGGAGCUAUCUCCCAUCAUUUCCAAGAAAGAACUGGAAAGCAAAUCCAGCCUAGAACUGCUGCAGACCCAAAUGUCUUCACAGUUCAUUAUUCCUAACCAAAAUGUGGACAAAAGGGAAGGCAAUAAUAAUGUGAUCCUGAUUCUAAUGGAACUUCUCAUGGAGUCAUGGGCUCUAAAGCAGCUGUUAGUGAUGGGGUGGCCAUCGGCAGUUGCCAUGAGGUAUCAUGACUGGCUUUGACUGAACCUUUGAGUUGAGUGAUAUAUUGCCCAAGAAAUGCCAUAAAACAAGAUACUUGCUAAACCACUUGAUGUGUGUUUAGUUAGGAAACUGGAAAUUACUGGACCCUCAGCAUCAAGUUGUACAGCUUGGAGACUUGGGAAAUAAUGGGAUUGAAAUCCUGUAGUUGAUAAUACAUGGGUGCCAAGAGGAUGCAGUUGGAUGUGUGCCCAGCCUCUUCCUCUGGAGAUCCUAACUGCUUGUGAGUUUUGAAUAGGGGGUUGAAGGAAGCUGCUCUGCUCUGAGUACAAGUCCUGGCUCGAAGCUUAAGUCACCCAAAGAGGGGACCCUGGAUGGGCCUUCCCAUCAUUUGGGCAUAAUCUGUCCCUCUGCCCAUUUGCCCUUUGGCAUUCCUUCCCAACCUGCAUCCCUCCUACCUGCUGUGUCACCAGAGUGGCCAUCUCAAAGCAGAGGAGAGGAAUGGGCAAGUACACUGUAAACGAGUAAUACAGAUGGGUUUAUGAAAAUAUUAUUCAUUUUUCUGUAUAUAAAGUAGUACUGAGGGUGAGGCACAGCCCAGUCAUAGCAUGAAGGGCAAGUCUAUGUUCUUCUCGCCAGUGCCCACAUAAAUAUAACCAUGAUUCUUGGUUCGGGGAGCGUGGUAGAACGUCAGGCCUGGCCAGAGCAAGCUUCGUAGCACGACCAGUGCGUUGCCUCUCUCCAUCUGGAUACUCCAGGACCCUGGGGGAGGGACAGACAGACAAAUGAGGAGUCAUUGAAGCCGAGGGUCUCCAAGGAGCUGUUCGUGCUUGCUCAGCUGCUAGAAAAGGUUCCAAAACUGGGUAUUUUGUCCUGAUUUUUAUGGUUUCUUUCAUGGGAAUAAAGACAAUUCAAUUA